GCCGCGGGGCCUGCGGCAGCACAUGGAGCGGCACGUCCCCGUCCACGCGCUGCCCGAGGAGAUCCGCAAGAUGUCCCGGGAUGAGACGGUGUGUAAAUACUGCGGGGUCAGCUACCUGAUCCUCCACGAGUUUAAGGUGAUGGAAGAGAAAGUCAAAGCAAUGGAAAAGGAGAUAAAGUUUUAUGAAGGAAGCAUCGAACGGGAGCAGAGGCUCCAGGCUGAACUACAGGCCCUGUACCGAGACCUGGAGCGCUACCGAGCUGCCAGUGAGUCCAAAAGUGAAAGAAUAAAAAGCCUGACAAUGGAACUGAAAACCAAGCAAGAGGAGUUUAAAAAUGUGAAAGCUGAUUUGCAGUAUUUCCAGGAGGAGAAGGAAGCGGCCUACAAACAAUCCCAGGUGCUCAGAAGUACCUUGGAACACCAUUGCUCAACUCUGAACAAGGCUGUCUCCCUGUUCCCUUUCAUCAGAAGUGAGCUGGACAGCAUUAAAGAGGUCAUCUCCACUAACCUGGAGAACUGGGCUGCCAUGAAAGAAGAAAUUUCUCUGCAGAUAAAAACUGUGAGCAAAGAGGCUCUGACAGAAAUACCCAAAUUGAAUCAAAGAUUGGCAAAAUCCCAGAGGGAGAACGAAUGUCUGCAGGAGAAGGUCAAACACCUGACAGGGGUGGCUGACACAGUUGAGCUGAAAACCCAACAGCUCCAAACUUCCCUUCAGCAAGGGAACGAGCUCCAGAGCAGGUGCCGUGAACUGCAGAAGGAGACAUUGGAUUUAACAAAUCAAGUGGAGACAACUGGGCUGCAGCUGCAGAAGGUGACGGCCGAGCUGGACCACUACAAGAAGCUGUUAAUGAUGAAAUCAACAGAACUUGAAGUCUGUCAAAAUGAACUGAAAAAGAUGAAAUACGAAAACGGAAUUUCUGAGUCAAGGCUCACCAAGGAGCUCAAGGAAAAGGAGGAAUCUCUUCUGAUUUGCCAACAAGUCUGCAAACAUUUACAGGAGGAAGUGGCUGAGAAGGAGAGGAAAGAAGAAGACCUGAAAAGAAGAACUGGGCGAUCAGAGAGUGAACUGGAGACACUGAAAACUCUGCUGAGCCAAACAGAGGAGGAGGUGGUGAUGCUGAAACAGGAGAGGGAGCUGAUGGUGGUUUCCCACCAGACCAGGACGGAGCAGCUGCAGGAAGCGCUGAGGCAGAAGAUGAGGAGUGAGGAGACCUGGAGGGAGAAGCUGGAAAUGGAUCUGGCCAAAGGAGAGGCUCGGCAGAAAGAGGCAAUUCUAAAAGUCAAGGAGGAGGCCAGGGUGGAGCUGGACCUGGAGAGGCAGAAACAGCAGGAGCUGAUCACAAAGUACCAGCGAGACCACGAGGAGCUGCAGAAGAAGAUACCAGGUUUAAUAUCCAGUGCCACCAAGAGCUUAAGGAUGGAGACAGAAAUCCUUGAGAAGAAGCUCCAGGAUGCCCAGAUGAAACUUGCAGAGAAAGAUGGAGACAAGGAGAAAGAAAUUCAGAGCCUUAAAAGACUGAUCAGUGAACUUGAAUUUCAGCUGACGAUGGAAAAGAACAACAAUGAAUCAUUUCUGGAUAAACUGAGGAAAGAAAUGAAGCACAAGUCAGAUGAACUGGAAAAAUUAACCCAGGAGAGGACACAGCUGAUUCACAGCUUGAGUCAAGUCCAGGAGGAGGUAGGAACAUGACCCAGGAAAUGCCUGGCUAUUUUUACUUGGAGACAUGUGAUUUCUAACAUCAUUCAAAGUAUCUGUUUUUCAGACCAGAAAACCCAUUGAAAUGCAAAGAUUCCUAGAG